UCUACGGGGAUUAGGGUUAACAGAUCAUCCACGUGAGGGAGGACACUUUGUAGGGAAGGAUUUGUAACCAUUUCAAUUAGAAGGACCCGGCUUUCACUUAAGCACCGAGUUCUUGCUGUGUGCUGAUUGGUCAGUCUCCUAUAAUCAUGCAUGUGCCACUAUUGUUAAUGUGAGACAGCCUGAUGAGUCUUUCAAUCAAGGAAACAAACCAGUGAAAGCACAAGAAGGACUGAACUAUUUAGCCAAUCACAGGAGCCUUUCAGUUUUAAAAUAGUCUGUAAAACCUGAAGUGGCUCAAAGUGUCCUUGACAUGGAUUCUCUGGUCACCCUAACAGGCACCGCUAAGAUAUGGGUGCCUUAGAAUUUAGAUCAUCUUUUUUUGGGGAGCCUAAAAUUUAAAUUUCCAGGGUUUUCCUAUGUUUUGUGUUUAAUUUGCCUUCUACCAGCAGAAUAAUUUGGAUGUGAACAUUUGCAUUGGUUUAAAGGCUGUCUUCAUGUCUGGAGUCCAGUGUCCUCGCUUCUGAAUGUUAAAAUAUUGUCCCCUUAACUAAGGCUACAUUCACAUUACAAGCCUCAUUGUCCAAUUCAGAUUUUUUGCUCAGAUCUUGCCUAUCUUUAUACCUAACUCUGAUGUGAAUGCAUCUGUCCUCUGAAACGAUUCGCAUGUGAAUGUUGGUACGUUUUUUUUUUAAUUUAUUUUCACGAGUUACCUACUUCACCAACAACAGACAAAUGCUCAGCGUAUGUGUCUAGGCAAAAAACGUUAUGGAUUGUGAUCUGACUGUUCACGUUCGUGUCACAAGGCCGCGAAUCAGAUACGCAUCUGAUCUAGGACCAUGUAUGAAAGUGACUCAAAUCUGAUUUGAAAAGAUCAGACGUGUGUCCAACCAGCCCUGAAAAAAUCAGCUCUGCGGCAACUUUUGGGCAAAAAAAUCUGACUUAAGUCACUUCAGCUUGUUAUCGUGAACGUAGUAUAAGGGUCUACUGACCCCCAUACUGGCAAGUAGUGUGGCAGAUUCACCCCCAAUGAAAAGCAUGCAUUUGAUUUAUAUGGGAGUAUGGAUCCUGGGGAUUCUGAUUAUGUUUGUCUGAAUUGAUUGGCUAAAUUAGGCGGUGGGUCGAUGUGACAUAUCUUGACAUUUCUGUCACUGAAUUUACCACAAGCAUAGUUUCAGUGUUGAAAUGCUUACAGCUUUUUUUGAUUUUCGUAGAGCUUCAACUGUUCCAAACAGCCCUGGAAAAUGAGCUACCUGAUUAAGUACUGGGUGUUCAGCUGGAAGAUGAAUGCAUGCAUUUAUGUAGUGGGUUUACUUUUAUUUCCGAAUAAAGAUGCUUCUGUCUCAGUCAAGAUACAAAGUUUUUUUCCGUGUUCAGUUUAGCCUUUGUUCAGUGACCAACUGGCGCCUGUGUGAAUGUAUGACUGUGUAAACAGAUGAAUUUUUUUGCAACAGAAACCAAGAUGGAGAAAAUGCAUAAAUUCCAAAGAGACAGAAAUGAAGCUGAAAUAAAACCCACUUUCGGUGCCACUCAGGAUGGUGCUGCCACCUGCAGGCCUCAUAGAGCCGAGAAAAGCUAAGGGAAGUCAGCACUGAUUAGCUCAGUGGCAGCUCUGUGGACAGGAGCCAUCCUUCAAGAAGCACCUUUCACUGCCGGCCAGGCCUAGAGACGAAUGUGUGUUCAUGAGCAAGCAGAUUAUGGCAUGAAUUCCGACCUCCAUAUGGGAGAGACCUCUCCUCCCUUUUCCGCUUUGAUCAAGCAAGAUAAGCAUCCUUUGUUGUAAGGACAUGGACUCGAAUGCAUGGGUGGAGCAGACCAUUGAAAUGCAACAGGGAAAGUUUAUAAAGGUCUUUUAAUGCUGUGAAGUAGGGUUUUUAUAUUAUAGUGUGAACUGAAGAGAUACAGAGCUCAGUACCCAGCUGCUUGCAGUGCAGAACUGCAGAGCAGUGCAAUCUGAGCCUGGUGGCAUUUCAUAGAUUAAAGUCAGUUUUCUGCAAAUUCUUUUGCAUAAACAUUUUAAGUCUUCUGGCACUUUUGGGCAGCAUCAUUUCCCCCCCCCCCCCAUCCCGUGCAGACAUUGGAAUACGAUAUUUUCAAAAGUAACACUGUACUGGUAUUUUAAACCCAGUGACUAAUGUCAAGAUUUAUUAUGCGUCGACUUUGAUUGCUCCUUUCAAUGUGAAGAAAUAAGGGAUGUCCCCUCCCUUUAUGAAGAAUUUCAUUGCCAAGAUUUCAAAGUAUAUCAUGCUGCUUUAAUACCACCCACACUUAGCCCCUGACUCCUACAGGAACAUGUGACCCUGGACUUCACUGCUCACGUCUCUUCUGAUUUCAAGCUGCGAUGGCAGUCCCCAUGCCCCAGAAUGUGAGGGUGGAGGCCGUGAAUGACCGCUACGUACUUAAGUGGGAGUGGGACAGCAUGCGGACCGGCAGCUCCUCCAAGUUCACAGCAGACUACUCCCUCUCCACCAUAUCAGACUACACUGUGGUAUGCAACCAGACCACAGAGCACCUCUGUGACUACACUCCCAUGAACCUGCAUUACUUUGCGUCCUACUUGCUCCGGGUGCGCGCAGAGGGACCGGCAGGGACCUCCGACUGGUCCCAGUGUCUCUUCAGCCCUGAAGAGGACGCCUCGCUGGGACCCCCCUCCCAAGUGGACGUCGUAAGCGGCAUCUCCAGCCUGAAGGUGUUCAUCAUGGAGUCACUGACCACCCAGAACCAAUCCAUGAGUUCCAUUUUACAGAUCAUAUGCUUCGAAGUUAGUUACUGGGAAGAACAGGCACCAAAGCAGGGAGUGCGGCGAGGAUUUCCGCAGCUGGGGGAGGCGGAAAGUGUGGCGAGGAUCCUCAUGGCUGGGGGAGACGGGGAGUGCGACGAGGACCCCCGCAGCUGUGGGAGCACAGUGAGGGUCCCUGCGGCUGGGAGAGACGGGGAGAGUGGCAAGGAUCCUGGAAUACAGGUUUACAGCAAAAAGCUCAAGCAUCCUAUUAUCCUGUUGUCUUCGCUGAAACCCUGGACGAUGUACUGCUUGCAGGUCCGUGUAUUCAACGACUGUUUUAACAAGACAAGUCCCUUAACAGCUACACAGUGUACGCUCACUCAAGGCCACCGUCGUCUCUGGCUUGUCUUCCUCAUCGUCAUUAUCUGUGUCCUGCUGCUGAUGGCGCUGCUCUACUGGUACCGCAGAGAUGUAAAAGAACUUUGGUCGGGCUACUAUAUUCCCAUGAGCUUGCAGGAUCCCCAUCUGCCCCCCCUACCCGUUUUACAGCUGUCCAAUGAGAGCUGCGGCACCCUGGACUCAGUGGAGACGGUCUCCCUGUGCCACACUGAAGAGGAGUCCCAGGAAUCGCAUUCUCUCAUCCAGCACCAGAGCGUAGGGAAGGAUUCGGGCAUCUCCUCCACGGCGUCCACCUGAAGGAGCAGCAGGGAGACCGGCUAGGGGUAGCUGGUUCCCCCAGGCAGACUGUCCCACAGGUCUUGAUGGUGAGGAGCAGCACAAUCCCAUCUUGACCGCACUGCCAGCUGAUCGACCAGAGCACUCCACAGCAUCCGUCAUGGCAGGGCCACAUUUCUGCAGAACUGGUCUCUGACUGGUCUCUGGUUUUUCCACGUUACUGUAAUUGUUUUUCAAGGCCGUCCCACUUGCUGUGAUCAGGUUCAGAUGACAGUGCAGUAGACUUGGUGAUUCCUGAAUCCCAAAAAAACCUUGUAGCCGGCAGCAGGUGGCAGUCAAGUGGGGAACUUGAGAUACUUGAGGACAGAAAGUGUUGUGAACUGAGUAAAAGACUCCAUCCAUCCAUCUUCCAAUCACUUUUCCUGUAUCGGGUUCCAGUGAUCUCUGAGCCUAUCCCAGGUGCCAUAGUGAACAAAUUAAGGGACACCAGGGGGCAGGAUGCCACUCUGAACAGCAGGGCGCACACACAUGUGCGUCAGUCACAAACUAUAGACAAUAUGGAGAAAAUAUCCCCACCUCUGUUACAGGCUCCAGCUCCACCUGUGGUUGGAAUAUGAAUGAAAGCUGAACUGACAAUAGGUUAGCAUAGUUUGAUUUUUAUCCUUUUUAACAAGCCAUUAAUAUUGUGAGGAGGUAUAGCGUCCAAAAUCGCUGUCGCUAUACCAACCACUGUUUUGUUAUUUCUGAGCUAUAUUUGUCUUUCCUGCGUUCUCCUCUUUCGUACACUGUAAUGUGACUCUCAGGCCCCAUCGCGACUUCAAAGAUCCUGCGUGACCACAGAGAUGAAAGGAGUCACGGUAACACAGCUAUAUGUACAGAGGACACCGCAGGAUGCUGCUGCAGGAAGCGGCUGCAGGAAGCUUAGUCUUGCAAAGCCCCGCGUCUUAAAAACAGUAGGGUAGCAUUUUCAAAAAUAAAUCAAACUGUGAAGCUUGAUUCUGAUUCUAGGGAUCAGCUGUCCAAGACGGCAGAAUCACAUCACUGUGAAGCCCUGGAUCAAGGCCCUUAAUGCCAAAACUGGCUUUGGGAUUCCAGAAAAGGUCUCACCUGUGAAAACUGAACAUUUCAGUUUGUACAAAUAUAGUAUUAUCAUACGGUGAUGCACAACCGGUGUGAUAUCAUCUGAUUGGCUGGUUGCACGUCUGUUAUUUUACAUGUGUGGCCUGCAUUGUGUUCUCUGUGUUUCACUGAGUCGCCGUAUUUUAUCUUUUUUUAUAAACAUGUCUAAUGUAAAACUUUCCAAAUGUGCUUUUACAUCAAUUACAUGUCAAUGCCGACAUGCUCAUAAAUUAAAGCUGGUGUUUAGAAUUGCAUAUUCCAACAUUUGCAUGAUUUUACAAGCUGAAAGUCGAUUUUCCAUGUCAGCACGCGUACAGUGCCGAUGUUUCAAAGCAAUGUUUUUAUACGGUGCUUCCAGAAAAUAUUCAGACCCCUUUUAUGAUGCAGCAUUAUGCUGAAAUUUAAAUUCAUUUGCAUUCUGUCAAUCUACAUUCAGCAAUCUAUACUGACAAGGAAAACGGGAUUUCAGAAUUUUUUGCAAAUGUAUUAAAAACUAAACUGAUGCAUCACACUGACAGAAUGUAGGUAUUCAGACCUUUUACUCAGGAUGUAGUUGAAGCUGCAUUUUCAGCCUUCUUGGGUAUGACGUGACAAUUGGGCUGGGCGAUAUGACCUCAAAUCAGUAUCGCGAUUAAUUGAACCUCGAUUACGUUUAAUGAACAAUUUUUUUUUUUUGCCUUCAUAUUUCAUUAACGUUUGUACUGUAAAUAUGCUGAACUAUUAAAGCUGGGAUAUUUUUCUGAUGAAA